AUGAGUUCUGAAGAUGACCAGCCUAAGACGCUGGCGGCCGCGUCGGACGCCGAAGCAGAACUGGAAGCCUUUCGCCAGCGAUGGCGAGAAGAAGUGUCAGCUAGGAGUAAGAAGCCGCUUUCGACCAGAAUACAGGAGAAGAGAUUGGAGAGAGCAAGAGGUGCACCACCACCGGCACAUGCGACGGCUGGUCCAUCUACGCACCGGCACAAGGAUCACUACAAUGAAGAGAUCGAACCCAAGGCGUACCAUGACCUGCCAGAUAAAGAAGACCAGUUGAAGCUGGGAACAGAAGGACAAAAUCACGACAGAGAUGCGGUUUUCCGAGAGCCAAAUUCAGCGCUGGAGCAUUAUGAGCGAGCAGUAGAGAAGGAGACCCAGGGCAACUUGGGCGAGAGUAUCAGACAUUACCGGAAAGCCUUCAAAGUACCAUCUCCCAUCUCUCUGCCCUUGUUCGUGAAUCCAUGCUGAAGGUAAGUCACAGCUCGACGAUGGCGUCCAUGAAGCCUACAAACGCAAGCACUUCCCACCGUCAGCCUUCGUCAAACCCAAGCCUACCAAUGUGAAUCCGUCAAAUGCUCCAUCUACAGUGCCCAGAACAGACCAUCACUCCCUCCGCUCGGGGGAUGCCUUUGGAUCAACCCUCAGACAACUCGUAGACGAAUUCUCAACUCUGCGCAUCGAAGCAGCAGAGCCCGAGACAAGCCUCUCGUCCCAGCAGCCAUGUCCUAUCGCCAAGCUGCCAGAAGAGAUCCUCACCCAAAUCCUCACCGAGCUAGCAAUAAUGGACGUCGCCUCCUUCACACGCACAUCCCAGGUCUGCAAACGAAUGGCCUAUCUCGUCCUCGCCGAAGAAUCAAUCUGGAAACACGUUUCCCUGGGGAGCGAAUUCGGCUUCACAGCAAUGCACUACGACUUCGCCGUCGAAAUCGAAGGAGACCCCAUCAACGCCAACGACGAAAUCGCCCGCUACCUCGACCUUCACCCAACAUCCCAACAGAAAUCCUCCUCAGAAGAAGACCCAGAAUCCGAAUUGUUCAUCCCUCCCCCUCCAACCCCAGAGGAACGGCACCUAGCCUUCAUCGCCCUCUCCGAAACCCUCCUCCAAACCACCUACACCUCCUCCUGGCGUCAAAUGUUCCGCUCCCGCCCGCGAAUCCGCUUCAACGGCUGCUACAUCUCCACGGUAAACUACACCCGCGCCGGCGCCACAUCCACCAACACCCUCACGUGGGGCGUCCCCGUCCACGUCGUCACCUACUUCCGCUACCUCCGCUUCUUCCGCGACGGAACCGCAAUCUCCCUCCUCACGACCGCCGAACCCCAAGACGUCGUCCACCACCUCUCCAAACCCAACCUCCACGCCCACCGCCACGCCUCCUCCUCCUCCCUCCUCCCCAGCAGCGUCAUGAAAGACGCCCUCCGCGGCCGCUGGCGCCUCUCCGGCCCCACCCCCGCCCACCCGCACGAAGUCGAAGGCGACAUCCACAUCGAAACCGAAGGCGCCGUCGCGCGCUAUACCUACAAAAUGCUCCUCGCCGUCGCCAACGCCGGCAAGGGGACGCGGAACAACAAAUUGGCGUGGAAGGGCUUCUGGAGCCGGAAUCGAUUGACGGAUGAUUGGGGGGAAUUCGGCUUAAGGAAUGAUCGCGCUUUCUAUUGGAGUCGUGUGAGGAGUUAUGGGGUGCAGUGA